AUGAUCAGACAGAAGGAAGCUGGCCACCAUGUCCGAAUGCUGACGCAAGAGAUUCGGAAGUCAUUGGAUAGGCAUACCAUCUUGUAUACCACUCUGGUUGAGCUAUCUAAUACUUUGGGACUGCGGAACUGUUGCGGGUGUCAAACUUCAAAUACCAUCUUGAGCUAUCUAAUACCACUCUGGUUGAGCUAUCUAAUACCAUCUUGUAUACCCAAUGAGAUCAGAACAGAGAUGAACUUGACCCACGAGUUGAUAGGGAGGAGUUCUCGUCCUACCGUCCUCAUAAAUGAUCCAGAUAUAAGGGAGAUUAAGGAUUACAAGGAAGUGAAGAUCUUGAUGCCGGGCUCAGCUCUCGGUCUUGCAAGCAGCGGUGGUUCUAGUGAGCCGGGUGCGGUGGCUGCAAUACGGAUGCCCAUGUUGCGGGUGUCAAACUUCAAAGGAGGAACACCUGAGUUAAUACAGCAAUGUUAUGCACUACUAGUUUUGUUCUUCCAGCAUCUGAUAUUAGAAUUUGGAGUGACAAUGAAUCGGAGAUAA